AUGCGUCGUCGUUCGCGACACCGUCAGUUGCAGGAGAGUGAUUUUGACGAGCGGUCCCUGUCUCUAUGCGAGUCCACGGACGCUUCGGAGCGGAUCUGCGGCGACUUCUUCAACACCGUCAAGAAGGGCCCCGGGAAGGCGAUUCUAACGGCCAUCGAACCGCCCCCGGAAUUUCAGGAUAACCCGGUCCCAAUAAACGCAGAAUGCAUAACUACAUUUGUUGGGACCCAGAAGCAAUGUAUGGCUGUGUGUGUGCCUCCACCUAUAAUUUGUACCAAUGAUAAUGUAACAAAACCAAAAUCGUCGAGCUUAAAUAUACCGUUGAUGGCCGGUCACGUCUCACCUAUGUACCCUAGGAAACUGAAGCCGGAAACACUCUACGAGCGAAGACAAUGCCUUAACCACCGUUUCGCGAGUCCACGGCUCCUCCAUCUCAGUCCGUGUCGUGGCACCAGGCCUUCUUCUAGAAACUCCCUCUCCUCUCGCCUGUCCAGUAGUCACAAUUCGCUCGUGACUCAGUUCCAAGCUGACGACUCUAGUUUUAUAACGCAAGCUAUCUCACAUGACACUCUUUCAGCUAAGACUUCUGACAUCACCGAUAUGUAUAACGUUCCCUUCGACAGCGAUAUAUACGCGGUGCCCAUAGACAUGAUCCGCCCUAACCACUCUAACCGAGGUAAAGGUAAGAGACCUCAACGGCCAAACAAAAGGCGCACCAAGACUACGACUCUUAACUUCACCAACACACCCACCGAACGUUAUAAGCCUAAGGACACGCGACACAAAGACACGAAGACGAAACGCCACUCUCUGCCCGGCUCCUCAUGUAGAAAGAAGACCACGACCGAAUCAGACACGGACUCGCUGCAUUUAACCCUGCGCGAGAUGAGGAAGUACCUGCACACCUUGUAUUCAAGUUCGAGCGACUCUGAGUGCAGGAACACGAUCAGCAAGAAGAACAACGCCCUGCUGACAAACGUCGGCGUGCAUACAAGACCUGGCGUCAAGGAGACGAGCACCGCCGUCUUUCUCAAAGAAAGCAACGAAACAAAGACUGUCGAAACGAACAAUAAUCACAAGAAAGCCAACAAGAACACCGCCGACAUGAACGUGAAGAGUAAGAAGCACAAAGAGAACGCGCAGCGGGAUAUAAUGGAAGUGGAGGGGGUGAAGAAGAAAGGCAAUCAGGGUAGCAAGGUGAAAAUGUCACCAGUUAGGAUACUGUCGAUGAAUUUGAAGCAGAGUUUUUGCAACCUGUUCCGGUGGAGGAGGUCGAGCGAUGGGGACAGUGUGGAGCGGGUGGGCAGAGACUCGCCGCCGCGGCAGCCGGCGGUGCGGAGGGCCUUGCCACCGCUGCCUCACUCGCCGCACCCGUCCAACUCGCGGCGGUCUGCAAACGAGGACGACACGGUUAUGGACUUCGCGACCUCCAUACAGAAGGUCAAAGAUUACGGCUGGUACUGGGGUCCCAUAACGGUAGAGGCGGCGGAGAAGAUACUAUCAAACGAGCCGGAUGGAUCAUUUAUUGUUCGCGAUAGCAGCGACGACCACUACAUCUUCACGCUCACCUUCAAGCUGAACGGGUUACGCCAUGUUAGGAUAGAACAUGAUCAGGGUAAUUUUUCAUUCGGCGGUUGCACGAUGUUCAAAGCGCAAACGAUAGUCGAGUUUAUUGAGAACGCAGUGGAGACGUCUAGGAGCGGUCGGUACCUGUUCUUCUUGAACCUUCGGCCAGUUCUUGGGCCAGUUAGGGUUCAGCUACUGUACCCGGUGUCGAGGUUCAAGCGAGUUCAGAGCUUACAACAUAUGUGCAGAUUCGUGAUACUAAAGCACGUGCGGCGAGACCUUGUCCCCAGUUUGCCUCUGCCUAGACGGCUCCUGGACUACCUCAGCGCUACCCACUACUACUCGGAACUACUCGCCGACCUAUAA